UGACUCUAUCCGCCUACUCGCACCCUUCCUGCGCGGAAAAAAAGAACCAUCAUGGAGGUCAGGUUCGUUAAACAUAACGAUAAUUUCCCCAAGCGGAAACGAUACAACGCGGCUUGUGACCGUUGUAGGCGAAGAAAAGUAAGAGAUUAGACCGCGACGACAAAACAUACACCAACAUGGAUAUUGAGCGGCUGCUAAUAGAAUCCCAUGGGAGCUAUAGAAACGAUGUACACAUCCCGAGAACGAAGCUCUGCCGAAUAAAGCAACUUCUGACACCAGGAGGAAAGCUUCUACGAACCAACGCUCGGCGGCUACGGCCAUCGCCAACUGCCCAGUACCACCGGCUGAGCAAUCGCCAACGGGCAUAUCGCAAACUUCACACGUACGAGGCAGCGUAGAUAUAUCCGCACCUUGGAAUGACCAGGCAUCAGAAAGAUUAGCGGACGGUGCCAGCCCCAACUCUAUACGAGUCGACAAAGUCUCUACCCGCUUCGUAGGAGACCUCAAUCCCGAAGCUGUGUUCCUCGACCGCGCUUCAGAGGGAUCAUCAGCGACGCGCCACGAUAUUGGUGUUUGGUUGGAACGAGGUAAAGGCAACGUUGCUAGUCACAAGGAGACAUUCUCCAAAACCGCCGAGGGCGGUGGACAUUCUCCAGGUGCAAGUGCCUAUGGAUCAAAAGAGCCAAAUGCCGAUGCCGUUUCCCCCAGAGACGAAGCAGCAUUGAUCGACAUUUACUUCCUGCGUGUAAAUACUAUCUUACCAAUACUCGUGGAAAGUGAGUUUCGAGAGGAAUAUAGCUGUUCACGCUUACCACGGCCUCUGGUCCAUGCGGUCUGUCUGACCGCUGCUAAAGAUAUUAGGGCAAAAUCUCAUUUGAGCUUCCUUGACAUAUCUUCCAUGAUGAACACAAGGGACUUUUCCAGAUUAUUGUAUAAUUCCAUUGUCCAGGAGACCAGAAAGAUUUCUCGAUACGAGAAACUGAGUUUGAUUCGCAUCCUCACUCUAAUAUCUCUUCAUAGUGAAGGCCCUGAUGGUGCGGAAGACGCCUCUAUGCAUCUUGCGCAAGCGAUCCAUCAUGCCCAGACCAUGGGACUUCAUCUAUCUCGAGAUUCUGCUUCUGGUGGAAACAUUGCUCAGGUUAAGUUGUUUUGGUGCAUUUGGUCGUUGGAUAAACUCAACGCUGCUACAAAUGGCAGGGUAAUACCCCACUAUUUCUUUUCAAUCACCCGAUAUCCUCAUAUCUGCCCCUCAGCCGCUCACCUCACUGCAAUAACCACAAGGGCUGGCUGAUUUAGUUCCAGCCGGUGAUGAUAAAUGACAAGGACCUCAGCGUCCCAGACUUUAUCUCAGAAGUCGGGCUUGACUUGGACAAGCCAUUCCAGGUCUGGCUACGGAUAGCCAAAUUACUACAUGAGGUCAUUGACCUGUAUCGUCCAACUGCACCAGCAUUCUCAACGGGAUGGGAACAUGCGUUCCCAGGGUUCCAAGAUAUUGUCCUCGAAUUCGAGGCUUGGUCGGUGGAUACAACUAUAUUACGUGAGUCACAGAUACCACAUUGUCUAUUUCUCUGACAGAGGUAGUAACCCUACACUUAUUCUAUCUUGCGGUUGCGAUGCUAUCUUCAAGAUCUAAACCGGACUAUCAGUCAAAUCCUCAGACUCCUUCCUCAUUAAGGCAAAAUUAUGCUGCAUCACAAGUCACAACACUGAUUUGCGGAACCAAGAACCCGGAUGUCCUACCUCUACCUGUGGUCCCAUAUGGAAUCUCUCUCGCACUUUCGGUGGCUUACAGAAAAGUUCGUAAGAGCUGCGUAAAACAUCUUUCAGCACAAGGAAAGUUAGAAUUCAAGACAUGUCAAAGAACACUAGAGGAUUUUCGAGAAGCUUGGUGGUCUGCUGAUCUAAUGGCGACCCUUUCUCGCACUGUUCUGCUAUCAAUGGAUCCCCCACGACCAAGUUCUUCUCGGAGACCCUCGCUUCUCGGGAUACAUGCUCAUUCUUCUGUUGAUCGCUCAGAUCCACUUGAAAAUAUUGAUCAUAUUUUUGGGAGCUAUCUGGAUCCGAAUUUUCCUUUGAACUAUGAAGAUAUUUUCAAGAUUGAUAACAUGGAACAAUUUUUAGCAGACUACGGACCGAUUGGCUCAUAAAUACAAGGAGAUAUGCUCCACAUAAGCGAUCUGAUAUCCACUUCGCGUACAACUUCUCAAGGGGUGUUGGAGCUCUAAAUUAGUCUAUUUCAUUGUCUCGAAAGUUGCAAUGGAAGAGUUGACAGAGAAAGUUAUAAUCUCUCACCCGUUGGGACAGUUCGUUCAACUUUGGGUUCUUUCAAAAACGCCUGUCAUCAAUUUGACAUCAUUAUCAUUAAACUAUAAUCCUUUUUCUGCAUAUCAUCAUAAAUUAAACGUCAUCAAUAUGAAUCACUUGUCCC